UGCAAUGUGUUCAAUUCUAGGUACCACAUUUGAGGAAGGAUGUUGACAGGCCACAUCAUGUCCAGAAGAAGAAGAAGAGCAGGACUACAGAUGAAGCUACACAAGAAUUGAAGGAUACUUUCGUUUGGAGAUUGGCCUGAGGGGAAGAGGGGAGUGAAGGGAGGAACUCUACGAUCAACCUAACGUCUACUGUGUAUUUGAGGCUGAUUGAUGCAAUCCUGCUUCUUGCUGGCAAAAAAAAAAAGCACAUAAAUAAAAGCAACGCACCCUUGCCCAAUAAACGACAAAGGACUAACAUGACCCAAGAUACAGGGUGGCAUGAGAAGUCAGAACACAGGAGCUGAUCCCUGAAAAGCUCUCACACGUGCGAGGGCAGACCACGGAGCAGCUCUCCGUCAUUUUGUUGGUCAGGCACUCUACGGACUGUGUCACCUAACUACUGAUUAAGAUCAGCAAUUCUGAAUUCUUACUUAAUAUCACCAGAACACCCACGAUCAGACUGAUGAAACCAUCUGUAUACUGAACAAGCUUUGUCAUCUUUAAAAAAAAAAAAGGAAGGAAGAAAUAAAGAGCAAAAGACCAGAUGCUUCUCUCCAAGCAGGAUUAACAUCCAGUGACUGAAUAAAUUCAGAUCCUUCAGAGCCUUAUUCCAGAGUAAGAAGGGGGAAAUGAGUGACCUCUACAACUUCACAAAUGGAACUGGAAAUGACAGUCUCUGUACCAGAGACUACAAAAUCACCCAAGUUCUUUUUCCCUUGCUCUACACAGUCCUGUUUGUUGUUGGGAUCAUCAUGAACAGUCUGGCAAUGGGAAUUUUCUUCCAAAUCCCCAGUAAAUCUAACUUCAUCAUCUUCCUCAAGAACACCGUCAUCUCUGAUCUUCUCAUGAUACUGACUUUCCCCUUCAAAAUUCUCAGUGACGCAAAGCUGGGGGUGGGGCCGCUGAGGGCGUUUGUGUGCCAGGUCACCUCUGUCAUAUUCUACUUCACCAUGUACAUCAGCAUCUCGUUCCUUGGCUUGAUCACCAUUGACCGGUACCAGAAAACCACCAGGCCAUUUAAAACGUCCAACCUCAACAACCUGCUUGGGGCCAAGAUUCUGUCCGCCGUGAUUUGGAUAUUCAUGUUUCUCCUGUCAUUGCCAAACAUGAUCUUAACCAACAAGAAACCAGAGCACUUGAAUGUGAAGAAAUGCGCUUUCCUGAAGUCAGAGUUUGGCCUGGUGUGGCAUGAAAUUGUCAACUACGUCUGCCAAGUCAUUUUCUGGAUCAAUUUGCUCAUCAUAAUUGUAUGCUACACGCUGAUCACAAAAGAGCUCUAUCGAUCCUAUGUAAGAACGAGGGGGGUGGGCAAAGCGCCUAAGAAAAAGGUAAACAUCAAAGUGUUUAUUGUCAUUGCUGUGUUUUUCAUUUGUUUUGUGCCUUUUCAUUUUGCCAGAAUUCCCUACACUCUAAGCCAGACAAGAGAUGUUUUUGACUGCACUGCUGAGAAUACCUUAUUUUAUGUGAAAGAGAGCACCCUGUGGUUGACUUCCUUAAAUGCAUGCUUAGAUCCAUUCAUAUAUUUUUACCUCUGCAAAUCCUUUAGGAAUUCCUUGAUGGGCAUGUUGAGACACAGAAAUGCUCCUACAAUGUUCUCACCCCAGGAAAUCAGAAACAAAGGGCAGGACAACAGCAGCCCAUCUGAAGAGAUCCCAUUAUAGAGUAAUUGAAAAAACAUUUCCAUUACUCUAACUUCGUUGAAGAAAAGCACUAUAUAAAUAAAAGUAUUAUUGCUUACUGAGAAGCAGGUGAGUUGAUGGACAAAUCCACUGAAACAAAGAAAUUUUUUAGAGAAGCCAACAAAAUAUUUUAUUAACCUUCAGUUAUGACCUUUCAGUAUUCUAAGCUAUCGUUAAUAUGUAGGGAAGUAACCUAAUGGAAAGGUGUGUAACAAACUACCAUAUAACAGAGUCAUAGAGCAUAGUAGAAAGACACAGAUGUUUUUCCAAGAUUAUAUAGCGAACUACCUGCUUUGAUUUUUUAUUGAUAAGGUUCUCUUAUUAAAGGGAAAGGAAUGGUCCACCUUUUGAACAAUAAUUAUUACUUAACAAAACUUACAAAUGUUAAGGUAUUAACUCCUAACUCAGUAACUGACCUAAAUAUUUAAGUAGUUUUGUUGUCAUAAGUGGGCAACAAAGGUCAUAGUGCAUAUCUGAUAGUGGACUACGAACAUUAACUUGACUGAUGGAACACAAAUGAAAAUGAAUUUUAUCUUUAAAUCAGCAUUAAGUAAAUAAACUUCUCAAUUUCUAAAGAAUGUGUCCUUCACUUAAUGGGAGCAGAGACACUAGAGAAGGAAAAUAUGUGUUUCUAGUACACUGAUAUUCAGUCAUGAAAGCAAUUCAGAAACUGGAAAUAGAUUUUUAGCUUAUAAUUCUGACUAUUUAUGGGGUAAAACACUGUUAAUUAUGCUUUAGGGAAACUGACUCAUUUCCAGAUAAUGUUUGAUUUAAUAGAUAUUUCUGUGUCUAAUAUUUCUUCAGCUUCUAUGCUGAAGUACCACCUGGUCAUCAUAAAGAAUGUAAGUGUAGAACCGUAAUUGUCAUCAUCAUUAGGUCUUUAUUUACAUACUAUUAUGCAAGCUAACUCAAAGGUAGAGCAGGCUUAACUGCAAAUGAUAAAACAGUAGUUAAAAUUACACAUGAAUCUGUUCUACAAUUUUUCCUUAUCACAAAAACAUUUCAUCUAAAUAUAUGUGUGUACACUAACGUGCUCCUCUCCAAGACGUCAUCAGGGCACGGGGGUGAUGUGGAAGAAUCAAAGGCUAACCCAAUGGGGUGCAGCCUCUGGCAGGUUUCACAACAAGAUGGAAAGGCCUUUUCUAAGGGCUGGUAACUACUGUCUGUGCUGAAAGGACCAACCUAGCUGCGCUAAGAGAAGAUCAAAAAUUGAGACAUGGUUUUUCUGAGGACAGUAACUAAUGGACAGAGGUGGAAGGUCUUCUGAGGGAGACUGCAGAGGUGGAGGGGAUGCCCAUACCGCUGAAAUCUCUGAUCUUUAACAGUGUCUCUACAUCUGUCUUACCAGUUGUUUCACCAUAAUGGCCAAACCUUAAGGACUAUUCAAAACUAAAAAUAUAAAUAGGCAACAAUUCAUAUGACUUUUGAAAAUGAUACUGUCAAAAAAUUCAAUUCAAUAAGCACUUGCCUAUUAAGUACCAUAUAUAUGAAACCCAAUCAGUUCACUAGACUAAUACGACAGUGGGUUAUCUCACCUGACUUAUCUUCACACAUUUUCUAAAGAUAAAAAAUGUGAACUGCUGAGCUUUUGUGUAAGUACCAAUAUGGUACUGCUUGGGUCAGGAGUGGGGAACUGCAGCCUCGAGGCCACAUGUGGCCUUCUCGGUCCUCUGGUGAGGCCUUUGGACCAAGUUUUACAGAACAAAUCCUUUGAUUAAGGGGAUUUGUUUGGUGAAGUUUGGAUUCAGUCAAAGGGCCACAUGCGGCCUCAAGACCCCAGGUUCCCCAUCCCUGGCUUAGGUUAUGCCAUUUUACUACAAAGUAUUUAUGUCACCUUUUAUGCUUCACAGAUGCCCAUGAGAUUUCAAUUCUGAAAUUUACAUUAGAAUUUCAUAUGAAUAAUUGUCGGGGGGGGGGAAUGGCCUAAUAUUUUAAUUUUCAGUGAAACCACAUCAUUACAUUUCAUAGUAAGUCAAAAUGUCUUAGGUGUAAAUGCACCAUGAAGAAACCAUUUUAAAUGACUUUUCUUGUGAAAGGAAAAAAAAGCUUUAAUUAAAGGUAAAGGAAUACAGGUCUGUGGAGUUUUCUAGAUACUUGUUACUAAUUUUUGAUAUCAAUAAUUAAACUGAGAAUAUUGUUUCACUGAGUAAAAGGAGGGAAGGGGAAGAUACAGUGGAAAAUCUAGGUGAUGUCAGAAUAAAAGAUAUUAAAAAAUGUAUGUUUAUUAAAAAUGGUCAAAAGGAAACUCAGAGGAAUACCUUAUUUUUUUUUCAUGUAAGAACUGAAAAAUAUUUUGUUUAUAAGCCAGGUAUGUAACACAACUGAUUUACAUUAAACUGUUAACUACUUCUCA